AUGGAACGACACAUAAAUCAAAAGGAUGACCAGAACAAUCCGAAUUCGGAGAUCGAAUUGAAAGAGCAGCCUCAUUCGGAGCAACACCAUGUGUACCAGCCAAGAGAAGAAUCGAACCUUCUUUCCAGACCAACAUCCUCACCAGAAUCAGGACCGCCAUCAUCAGCGAGAUCGAUCAACCGCCGGAGCAGCAAGUCGAUGGCCGCAGAAAAGCUUCUCAGCCGCCCCAAAAACUUACCAAAGGCCCUUAUUGCCGCUUCUUUGCGAUGGCUCUGUUCAGUGCUCUUCGUCGUAGCUAUCUACGUAGUGCUCUGGCACUACUCCCAGCAAGAUGUCAUGUCGACCAAGGUUAAGCGGGAGUUCAAUACUCUUGUUAUUGGACUUUCUCUUGGUCUUGGUAUGAGUAUAACCAUGUCUCUCGAGGCUAUGGCCGUAGAGCUCAGGCCGUGGAUUCUCAAAUCUGCUCUGAUUUCGAAUGCUAAGAAUCUGAACAAGAUUGUACAGCUCACUUGGCAGUCUAGCUCAUAUUCACUAUGCUCUUAUGCUGUUGCUUUCAUAUUGCUCAACUUGGUAUCCCAGAUUGCUUUGGCAAUGUUAGGCCUGGUCUACUCCACCAACACGGCAGACUCGACCGCUAUCCUCAAACCUGGCAAUGUCACGGUGGCGGACUUUUCUGAAUUGGAAACCGCUAGGGUUCUAUCCUCAAAAUCUCAAGCCCUUGGUGCAUUACGAUACACUGCGAACAGCUAUGGAACUAUCGCACUUGGUUGGAUAUGGGGAGAUAUGGAUACUAUUCCUACACCUGGAACUUUGUGGGACAACAACGACCCUUUGAUAUACUGUGGCACAAGAUCCUGCAAAUUCGUCUUCCAAGAAUGGACAUCCAGACCAAAGAAAUAUGAUCUGAUAGUGAGCACGAACCGCACUGUUGAGGUAACAGGAGACUGUCGCAGUUGGAAAGUAACAAAAGGAGGUGGCGGAAACGAGACAACCGCCACUAUUGCCAACCAGGAGCGAACAGAGGUUAACAUUACCGCGAUGAAUGGCGUCAACCAAACAACAUUUAUGUACAAUGCUGCAGGAAGCCAAGGCUCAACAUGGAGUGACAUAACAGCCUUUGAAGCUUCAGAUUCCGAUCCAUGGUUCUAUCGCUGCAAUGUCAGUUUUGGACCAGUCAUCAAUGCGUACCGCAAAGAGCACCUCCUUGAUGCAAACAUCACUUCAUUAGCAUCGGCAGGAAUAGCUCUCCAAGGCUAUGGAGCUUCUUCACUGGGCCCUACCAACAGCGACCGACAAUUCCAGAGCUACCCUGCUGAGUCGACGUACGGGCAGCCUGUGGGUGGCGAUACAGAUGCUAUGGGGAAGUUGGUCGCAGCUUUCGCGACAGGUGUUGUGGCUGUCGUAGGCCAAUCCGCCAGUACUCUUAUCGUGCCAGGUCUUCAGCCCCAGAAUGGGGUUGUGCUAGAGAUUUCCAAAUGGACACACACCCGCAUCAUGGCUGGAAGCUGGACGGCAAGAUGUGAGACUUCUGGAUCGUAA